GGUGAGGUCACACACAUAAACACAUGGCCGUACGAAUGAUUUUACUGUGGUACAUUUUUUGGGAAGAAGUAUAGAGCUUUAUACAAAUUCACGCCAACACGCAAUGAAAGUUAAAGUCCUCUCCAGGAAUCCGGACGACUAUGUCCGUGAGACGAAGUUGGAUAUCCAGCGUGUACCAAGAAAUUACGACCCGUCCCUCCAUCCGUUCGAGGUGCCAAGAGAAUACACCCGUGCCCUGAAUGCGACCAAGCUGGAGCGCGUGUUCUCCAAGCCGUUCCUGGCUUCUCUGGACGGCCACAGGGAUGGGGUGAACUGCAUGGCCAAGCACCCCAAAAGCCUCUCCACAAUUCUGUCCGGCUCCUGCGAUGGAGAGCUGAAGGUGUGGAAUCUCACCAAACGUGAGUGUGUUCGCACACUCCAGGCCCAUGAAGGCUUUGUCAGGGGGAUGGUCGUCCGCUUCUGUGGCACCUCCUUCUUUACGGUUGGUGAUGACAAGACUAUCAAACAGUGGAAGAUGGAGACUCCAGGCUACGGAGAGGAAGAGGAACCUCUCAAUACUAUUCUUGGGAAGUCUGUGUUCACCAGCAUCGACCACCACCAGAAGGAGGGUGUGUUUGUGACGUGUGGCCAACAGGUGGACAUCUGGGACGAGCAGCGCAGCAGCCCCAUCCGCUCCUUUUCCUGGGGCGUGGACAGUUUCAGCUGCGUCCGCUUCAACCCUGUAGAGACUGAACUUCUAGCAAGUUGUGCCUCUGACAGAAGUAUUGUGCUGUAUGACAUGAGGGAAGCUACACCUCUUAAAAAGGUAAUCAUGAACAUGAGGAGCAACACUUUGUGCUGGAAUCCCAUGGAAGCUUAUAACUUCACCUGCUCUAAUGAAGAUUACAAUCUGUAUACAUAUGAUAUGAGGUACCUGGACAAGCCUUUCACCGUCCACAUGGACCAUGUCUCAGCCGUGCUGGAUGUAGACUACUCUCCAACAGGCAAGGAGUUUGUCUCGGCCAGCUUUGACAAGACCAUCCGCAUCUUCCCCAAAGACAGUGGCCACAGCAGGGAGGUGUACCACACCAAGCGCAUGCAGCACGUCAUCUCCAUAAAGUGGUCGUCAGACAACAAGUACAUCCUGAGUGCUUCAGAUGAGAUGAACAUCAGACUGUGGAAGGCCAACGCUGCUGAGAAGUUGGGAUUGCUGGCUCCUAGGGAGAAGGCAGCUGUGAACUACAGCCAGAAGCUGAAGGAUAAGUUCCAGCACCAUCCUCAGAUCCGCCGCAUCUCGCGCCACCGCCACCUGCCCAAGUCCAUCUAUAGCCAGAGCAAGGAGCUGCGUGUCAUGAAGGAGGCUCGCCGCAGGAAGGAGAGGAACGUACGCAAGCACAGCAAGCCUGGCUCCAUGCCCGUGGUGACGGAGAAAGAGAAACAUGUAGUCACCGUGGUGAAAUAGAAGGAACAUGGACACCUCUGUCUCUACACACACCUGGGCCAUGUUCAGAAACACACAACUAGUGUUGCAAAAUGUCUGUAAGUUUCCCAAAAUUAUCUGGUUUUCCAGAAAUUCCAGAUACCCAGAUUUCCUGCUUAUUCCCUCCUGAUUCCAGGAAUAUUCCAAAUGGGAUUUCUGAAAAACCUGGCCAUUUGGGAAAGAUACCAGAAUUUUGCAACCCUGCACACAACGUUGUGGAUCCCUUCAGUUAUAUUCAUGACAUUCUAAUCUGCAACAUUCAGAAGGAUGCACCAUCCUGAACACAACCCUGUCUAUGAUUCUGAACCCUCCUGAACACAACCCUGUCUACGACUCUGAACCCUCCUGAACAUAACCCUGGCUACGACUCUGAAAUAACUCAUUCCUCCUCUCCAAGGCUUAUUACAGAAGAGAAAUAUGGGUCAAUAUUGUGAAGUUUGUUGACAUAAGUGUCACAACUGUCAUGGUACAACUAAUUUCAGAUGACGAUAUCAUUAAUGCUUUUGUUGGAACAGUAAUUUUGGGAUAUUAUUUUUGUUUUGUAAAAAUACUACACUAGUUACCGAGAAGAUCGACAUCCGUCAAAUAUCACCAGAAAAAAUAUUUGUGUAUUUUAGAAACUUUCUUGAAAAUGUUUGGCCUCCCUACACCACCACAUACCUUCAGCAAUUGUGUAUACUGAUUCAGUAUAUAUCCUUAAAGAUUACAAGAUGCAAAGGGUUGAUUGUAUUGAUACUGUUUUUUGUGUUUAUUGAUGCACUGCUAAUAAAGAUGUGGUAUGGUA